AUGGACCUGCUGUGUGAGGAACGCGUGAGCCCCAGCAGCGACGAGGCCCCACGGCCGGCGCCGGCGCCCCGGGCCGCCGCCUCCGACCCGGUGCUGCUUCGCCGCCGCGUGCUCGACAAUCUGCUACGCACCGAGGAGCGCUACGCGGUCACGGCCAACUACUUCGGCACCCUGCAGACGGAGAUCACCCCGCAUAUGCGCCGUCUGGUCGCCGAGUGGAUGCUAGAGGUAUGCGAGGAUCAAAGCUGUCAAGAAGAAGUCUUCCCGCUUUCUAUAUCGUACUUGGAUCGAUUCCUGAGUAUUUGCACAGUGGGGAAGAGCCAAUUGCAACUGCUAGGUACGGCGUGUCUCCUGCUGGCGUCGAAACUGAGGGAGCCUGGCUCUCGAGGCUUGCCCGCCGAGCUUUUGGUAUUCUACACGGCGAACAGUAUCACGCUUACGGACCUUUGUAGCUGGGAGCUGCUAGUACUAUCAAAGCUAAAAUGGGAUGUGGCUGGAGUCACGGCGCAUGACUUCUUGCCGCUUCUGCUUUCCCGGCUCCCCUUACGUGAUCUCGUCAACACAGAAAUGGUGCAGAGGCAUGCUCAGACCUUCAUCGCACUUGCGGCGAGAGAUUAUGAAUUCACUCUGUAUUCAGCGAGCACUUUGGCAUCGUGUAGCAUCGCCGCUGCGUUACGAGGCCUCGGCCUGGACGGCCACCUACCGCGACUACAUGACCUCACUGGUAUUGACUUGGACUGUCUACAGACGUGCCUUGAACAGAUCGAAGAAAUGGUGCAGAACAUGAUAGAAGAGCGCGUUGUGUCUGUCCCAAACGGUCAAGCACGAGAGGCGGCGGACUGGACACCGCCGCCGACUCAGAACAAGGCGCACAAUAACGCUGCCACCCCCACGGACGUCCGCGACGUGCACUUCUGA